CCCCCGUCCUCGCUUCACCAGGGCACAUGCAGCUUGAGCCUUCCACCCGGCCGGCCCAUCAAGCGAGCCCCGUCUGUUGUUGCUGCUGCUGCCGCCCGCACGCAUGUGGUCGGUCGUUGGCUCCCUCCAGGAUGGGUCUGUCCAUCGGCCGGGUUCCUGCCCGUCACCUCACCAGUCCAGUCCGUCCAAGUCCCGGCAGUGCAUGGCUGUCGAACGGAGAAAGUGUCGCAAACGCACGCACGCACACACCACCAGGGAGUGGAGGGCUCCCGUCGGCUGUCACUCACUGCACUGUUGUACGUACUUUGUACCUGGGAAUAAACCUAGAUAAGACAACGCAUCGUCGCGACAUCGAACCGAGCCACCUGAGGCUCUCUCAGCCUCUUUGCACGACUGCGUGCCUCUACUCCAAUCCUCUCCCAUAACCAUACCUGUAUUCAUCUCGAGCCCCCGUGCUGUUCGCAGUCGUCAUGUCCUUUUUCAAAAACAUCACCGACAAGUUUGACAACUUGGGCAUCGGCGACAGCAAACGCGACGAGGCGGCACAAGGCACCCGCGAGUAUGGCUACCACGGUCCUGGCGACAAUCCCCCUCCCGCGCAAUACGUCGCGGCGCCGCCUCCACCAGCCUACCAGCCGCCGUCGGACAAGCCGCCCAUCCCCAGCGGCUGGAUUCCGCUCUUCGACCAGGGCAAUCAGCGCUGGUACUAUGUCGAGGAGGCCACCGGCCGCUCCCAGUGGGAGGCCCCCGGAUACACGGCGCCCCCGUCCGGCAGCGGCGACGACUCUCGCACCGGCUUCGGGGCGCCGGGCGGACCGCCUCCGGGCUACGCUGGCGGCGGCGGCGGCGGCGCGGGAUACGAGCAGCCCAGCCAGGAGAAAAAAGGCAGCGGCAAGGGUGGCAUGCUCCUCGGCGCCGCGGGCGGUCUUGCGGCCGGCGCCGUCGGCGGCGCGCUACUGCACCACGCCCUGAGUGACUCCGACUCGGACAAGGAGGGGGAGCAGCGUCACGCGUAUCAACAGCCAGCCCCCUACCAGCCGCCGCAGCCCGAGUACUACCCCCAAGCGUCGUACGCCGCCGCCGCGCCGCCGACGGUCCUCCCGCCGACGGACGCGGACGGCAGCUCCGUGUCGUCGAGCGACAGGGAGGACGUGCAGGAGGCGCGAGAGCGGUACGAGGAGGCGCUGGCGGACGCGGCCGACUCGGACGCCAGCAGCAGCGAGGAAGAAGAGCUGGAGGAGGCGCGCGAUGAGUACUACGAGGAGUACGAGGACACGUACGGAGGCGACGACGACGACUAUUGAUACCUGAAGGCGGCGGCAGUGACACCGAGACGGGGCGGGUAAAAGCCACAGAUUGAGCAUAGCACAGCCAGCAGCAAACAUUUUAGGAAAACAAAAAUCGCAGGCACACGUUUCGUGAGUAGCCACGGGCGAAAGCAACCCUCUCACUGCACCCUUGGGUGUUUCUGCGUUCAAAUCUGCUUCUGGACGCUCAUGAUGAGAUACAGGGGCCGCAGCUUCUGCACCUCGUCGGCCCUGCCGCUCGCCAACUCCUCCUCGGUGGGGAAGAACUCCUUGAAGGCGC